CCCCACUCAAGACACACUCCCAAUUUUGCAACCCUACGUGCAUCAAGAGUCUCGCUUCCUCCCCCUUCAACACCUCGCAACUCCCACUUCAUCGCCAACAAUCAUCCAACAUGGGUAAGGUUCACGGCUCUCUCGCCCGUGCCGGUAAGGUCAAGGCUGCCACUCCUAAGGUUGAGCCCCAGGAGAAGAAGAAGAACCCCAAGGGUCGCGCCUACAAGCGCAUCCUGUACACCCGCCGUUUCGUGAACGUUACCAUGACCGGUGGCAAGCGCAAGAUGAACCCCAACCCCGGCUCAUAAAUUAUCACUUGUCGAUAAAGAAAAACCCCGAGUCGUGACGGAGCGUCGAGUUCUCAUCGAUGUUUGAAACAACAAUUAUUCGCGAAGCCCGGCACCCCGGUUUUACGGCUCACCAUCGAACGAAAGUGCUUACCAGAUAACGGCUGGCUACUUGUACGGAUGAUAUCAUGCUUCGCGUUCACUUCAAUUUUUUCGGCAACUGGGACAGUUUUAAAGAGGUGGACGUUUUGGGAAAUGGAUGGUGGAAAUCAAUGGCCUGAGGAUGAAAGGGUGUUUUCGUUUUGCUUUGGACUGGGGGCCGGCCAGUCUACGGGCUGAGUCGAGCCUUGGACGGUCGCUUUCAACUCGUACAUAGGCUAUUCCAUGCAUUGCAUUUUCAAUCCAGAA